CAGUCCACAUUGCACUCCACCCAGGCAGGUAGCUCAGACACCACUCUUUAGAGGAUCACAGGGUCUGAACCUGCUUCAGACGAGAAGAGACACUGGGAUUUAGAUCGAACUAGCACAACUGGAAUACUGUGAUAAUGCCUUCCACAAAGAAGAUUCUGCAUUUCAUGUCCAGUGCGCUGGUCACCGCCAUAUCGGUUGGGUUGCUGGGGUUUUCCAUGUCAGCACAAUGGUCUACAACAACCUUGGAGUGCUCAAGGCCUGGAAGUGGCGUCUUUAACGGAAGUGCUGUGGUCAAACUGGAUCUUUUUAGAGGGAAUGUAGAAAGAACCUCCUGCCCCUCGUUUGGAGGAGUCGAUGCUUUUGACGUGUUUCCUAAGUUGGUAGAAGCAGAAGGUGCCCCUGUUAUCCUGUAUGGUUUGGUUUUGGGCCUGUUGGCUCUGUGUCUGCUGUGUUCGGCCUGCAGCAUCCUCAUCUCCCUCUACAACAGUGUCAGCAACCCUUAUGAGACCUACGUGGGGCCUGUAGGAAUGUAUGCCUGCAGUUCACUCAGCGCAUGUGUCGCUGUAGUCGUCCUCAUCCUGUAUGUGGUGAACCUCUUUGCGACUGCCAUGGCACCUGAUUUAGUGCAGUCCUUUGCCGAAGGUAUUCCAGCAGAGAUAAGGAUCAAGAGAGCACAGAUGGAUUUAGGAUUCUACCUGCUCAUCCCUUACAUUGUGCUCGCCCUUGUCGCCAUUGCUUUGAUCUACAUGUACGACCAUGCAGCCUACACACAGAGGAGGGAGCAGCAGAGGCCGACAGAGGACGCACCGAAGGAGAUCAUGAUGUAUUAGUGGGAUGCAUAGAAGUCAGAUGUCAGUGACAUUGAAAAAGCCCUCAUAAACACUUUCUGGAGUAUUUUACUGUUAUAGAGAAUUACUGAUGGAAAUCAGGUGUGUGUACAGUAAAAUAUGGAUGUACAGCUAUUUUAAUGGACAAAAAGAAUAUCACCUAGACUAACAGAAACAAUUGUUGUCUGAUUCAACAUGAAGUUAUAACUCGAUAGUUAAGUGAAGUUUAUUAUAAAUCAGUUUAAGUGUAAAUCUUGUCCGUAUUAAGCUGACAACCUUUUUAUUUAUAUUGUGUGGAGAUGUUUUAAUGGCCGCUUGUUUGAAAGGCACUUUUUUCUUUUCUUUUUUUUCACAUUUCAAAUAUGUCUUUUUAAUCCUUCAAAUAAAUAUUUUUAAUUAAUGGCUAUACUUCAACCAAAUGUAAAUAAACAUAAAAUAUGUUGGAUGCAAAAGAGAAAAAUCACAAAUGACUUGUUUUCUGUAUUUUCAGAUUUACUAAGUGAAGCUGUACAGGCAAAGAAACUGGCACAGACUUUCAGACCAAAUGUAUAAA